AUGUUCCCGCUGAAGCUGCAGCUCUCUAUUGACUCGGGGGCUCCUACUAUUCCGAGGGAGACAUGUAUACCAGCCUCCGCCCCGUGGCUCGCAUUGGCGAUUAUUCAUCGAAGCCUAUGGGAACCUCUGGUAAAAUUAACUGGCCAUCUCAUCUACUGGACCACCCCUAUAAAAGCUGCGAGCAACAAUGGCGACAACGACUACCAGAGACAUAUGGUCCUGGAGCAUCUCAGCUUCGAGGCCCGGUCGUCCAGUGUCAACUUUGUGGUUAGCCUAGUCGCCUGUGAAAAGACUACCUGA